AUGGCCACCCUCAUGAUCUCUCAGCCGGCAGAUACACCAAUCACUGCAAAGGCUCCCGGACCCGAGGAGCACGAGCCUCAGAUGUUGUCUCGGUCCAUUGCCGACAUUGACAGAAAGGAUGGGCGCCGAGGCGAUCCAAAGCCUAAGCCAGACCCGACCAAACCCGAACCACCCAAACCUCCCAAGGAAGCUUUGGUCUCAGAUCUCGAUGAGAAGGAUGAGGGGACAGUCGACUCUAGGCCCAAGCCAGACCCUACGAAGCCUGAGACUCCCGAGACCGACAAGGGGUCCGAGCAAAAGGACGAUGAUCCUAACAAACCCAAGCCCAAGCCCAAGCCCAUUCCCAGGCCUCAGCCUAGACCAGAAAACCCUCCUCCGGAUGUACUGAGCGUCAGUGGUAGCGACCUGGAGUCUCCCACGGCUCUCGACGGAGGCUGGGAGCUGGCACCGAAGAAGCCAAAGCCGGAACCAAAGCCAAAGCUGGAACCAAAGCCAAAGCCAAGUAAUCCUCCCUCUGAUGCGCUGAGCACCACUGGGCAACCCAAGGGUGAUCCCAAGCCCGAGGGACCCUUCGGUCCUGGAAUUCCUCCCACUGCUCCGAUACUCGAGCAAUCUGUAUGCUGA